AGCGCGGCCGCCCUCGCCCGUGCGCCCCCGGCCCGUAUGGGGCGCUGAGCGGUCGCCCGUCGGGGCUGCGGCAGGGGCCCCCGAGCCGCUGGCGAUGGCGCAUGGUGCGGAGGCCCAGGGCGCCGCGGCCGUGGCGGCCGAGAAGCCGCAGGGCUGGCAGGAGGCGGAGAAGCGGCGCCGCAGACAGGACGCCGCCUACCUGAGGCGCCACCAGGAGCGGCUCGAGAUGGUGGCGACCCGCUGCGUGAACCAGGUCCUCGUCAGCCGGCCGCCGGACCCGUACUUCGCCAUGCUCGAUAUGCUCGACGCGCACACGAAGGACGGCAUCUGCUUCGCCCCCCUGCGCGUGCUCCCCGGCGGCCCCGAGGCCGUGUGCGUCGAGGUGGUCGCGCGCGUGCGGGGGUCCACGAUGGCCGUACACCGCGUGGAGCUGCCGAAGGCGCUCACGGCGCACGCCCUCGGGGACCCGUCGGCGCAGGAGGGCGCGGAGGCGGUGCCCGUGGCCCGCGCCGCCUCGCUCCUGCGCGCCGCCGCCGCCGCCGCCCCCGCGGGCGCGCCCUUCCUGCAGUUCGGGGAGCUGCACCGGCGGCUGGCGGAGGCCC